AUGGAAUUGGGGUUUUCCCUCUCCCGCUUCCAGCUGAGCCUCUGGCAGCCCAUGAAGGUCAAGGAACCCUCUAGAAUGGCACAACACAAGCUUUGGGUCCAAGCCAGAGUGUUUUUAUUAAGGGCUUUCCUUCUUACUGUGCUGGUUCUGUUUGUUGAAUUCUCCCAGUGGGACAAUUGUCUUCAGCCAGAUCCAAACCUGACUCCAUCAUCUCUUGCUAUGCUGCCCUGGUCGGGCUGUUCCAGGUUAAUUGGGCUAAUUGGGUUAAUUGGGAGAAAGCCAAUGGAGGUUGAAGUAUUAGGCAAGCUGCAGUGCAGGGCAAAGUUCCUUAAAAUUCCUUUCUCAGACACUUUUCACCUUUAG